AUGUGGUCCACUCACCUCCUUCUUCUCCUCUAUGGGCUCCUCCUGUGUGGCCCCUCGGCUCCUCUCUCGCUCAGCGGCAGCUCGCAAACCGUCCACAGCGUGGGCUCUCUGUUGUGGACCAGCGGCAGCUCCUGGGACAAGAGAGAGGCAUCAACAGGCAGGGACGGAGAGUACCUGCUGGGCAUUAAGAGACUGAGGAGACUCUAUUGUAAUGUGGGCAUCGGUUUCCACAUCCAGGUGUUACCCAACGGCAAGAUCACGGGCGUGCACACAGAGAACAGAUACAGCCUUCUAGAGAUUUCUCCAGUGGAGAGAGGAGUGGUGACGCUUUUUGGGGUGAGGAGCGGACUUUUCAUCGCCAUGAGUGACAGAGGGAAACUCUAUGGAUCGGGUCACUACAAUGAUGAAUGCAAGUUUAAGGAGCAGCUCCUAGCCAACAACUACAAUGCUUAUGAGUCAGCUGCGUACCCCGGCAUGUUUAUCGGACUCAGCAAGACUGGGAAAACCAAGAGAGGAAACAGAGUUAGCCCCACCAUGACCAUGACACACUUUCUCCCCAGAAUAUGA